AUGGAUUGGAACGGUGUCCAUUGUUACACCGGAUUGAGUUUUGAGUGGCCGCUCUCGAUGUUCAAAUCCGGGACAACGUUCAACGACAGCGUUACCUUCAAUCGUGACGAACUGCUCCAUAUCCGGCCAUCGCUUGACUACAUCAAACCUUCUCGCGUUGGAUUCAAAUUCGCGAGAGAGGUCAUGAUGGUCUUCUAUAAUCACGUCGAGUUGUGGUCUGUACCCAUUCAUCUCGUGAAGCCAUUCCUAUUUACCGAUCCUGCGGGCCUGGGCUUGAUUCCGCUACAACGCAUGCAAAGGCUCAACAUCAUCGUCGACGCAAAUGAUUCUCCGCAAAUUGAUACAAAUAGUGUAACCAAAGCACUGUCUCCGCUGGGUACAUACUAUGUCAUCGGGAAACUUGCAGCGAUACUGGAGUACCCUCAACGACGGGCAUCGCAAUUCAACAUCUUUCUUGGAUAUGGAUGCCAAUCAAGAUCAACAGAACAUCUACUGGAAGCGUUUCGACCGCUCUACAAACGGUCACAGGACCGUGGAGUCCACAUCGACAUCUGGGGUUGUUUCAAAGAGGGUUGUGUAUUUUCUCUCACGGACUUCUAUGAUAUUGACUUUUCAGAACGGCCCCCAGGGGGUGGGAGCAUGUCGGGCAUUCAUGGGUGGCGCCACAGGAUGGGACUCAGGGGCAAGGCAUACAGGCAGUACAUGGAAGAUGUUCAGCACUAUGGUAAGCAAUGGUUAUGGAGUCCCGAACGCAUGCAAGACGCGGAGACAUUACGGUCUGAAUGCGCUGCCCCCAUGAUUUCGUGACUGAUAGGAUAGUCCUGGACUUUACGAUUCAAUCCAUUACAUUCUUGUCUGUUCUCGUACAACUAUAUCCAAGUCGGACGAAGUCCUUGUAGUGAAUUUUAUGUGUAGCACCAAUAUUCC